AUGGGCCGCGGCGGCGCACGACGACAGGGCCAGUGGCAGACUCCUUGGGGAAAGGGCGCUGCGCCCAAGGGCAAGGGACUUGGCGCCCCGGGCGCCGGAACCUUCGCGGUGAAGAUGGACGCCACCUAUCAUGUCGAAGUGCUUCGCCCAUAUCCUGCGGAAGACAGCUCUGUGUUUGUCCACAAGGGUGGGGCGCGCAAGGACUCGGACAUGAUCACCCUCGAGGGAAUGUCUGCGCGCCUCCACGCGGGCAACUUUGAAGGCGCGAACCGGCCGGGGAGGUGGCUUUCCAUGCUGGCGGCCUCGGUGGCCAGAGGUGCCCAGAUUGCGACCUAUGCGCGAGACCACUUCGACGCCACCGGCUUGGGGGAGAUUGCCGCGGCGGCUGGACCGGAGAUCCAGCGCGCUUGCGAAGUCCUGGAUGCCACGAAGAAAUGCGAGCCCACGACCGCGGAAGUGGAGACGUCGGUGCAGACUCUGCUCUCCUACUGCGCCGACGAGGGCCUCACGGCCCACUUUCAGCGCUCGGCGGUGCUGGCGGCGAACAUCUACAACUUCAGCAUGAAUGCGCUGGAGGCGCGCGGAAACAAAGAAACAAGAAAGGGCCGGGUUCUCGACUGCCCCCUAGACCGCUCGAAACUUUCGGCCGGCCAGGCCGCCGCGGUGCUGGCUCACCGCGGACAAUGGGCUACGGAGCUAGCCAAAAACCUGGGCGCGCUGCCAGCGCCAGUGCGGGAUUUCCUCCAGAAUCCGGCCAACGACGAAGCCCUUCUGCGGGCUCUGACUGCGGCCUACAAUCACCAAGUGCUGGAUUCGCAGCGCCCGGUCGCCGCCGCGGGAGGGGACCCGCUCGGCAACUACGGCAACUACGCCGCCCCGCCCUUCGCCGAGCCGGCGCCGCCCGCGGCCGCCGCGGCUGCCCCGGCCGAAGACCCGCUCGGCGCAAGCCAGGCGCCUGCUGCGGGGCCGACGCUGUUUGGGCGCAAGCGCCCGGCGCCGGCCGAGGCUUCCGCGGAGCCGGCUCCGAAAAGGUCCUUAUUCGGCGCAAAGCCGGCCCCAAAGCCUGCGGCGAAGGCCCCCGCGGCCGCUCCCAACAAGCCGGCCGAGCAGCCAUCCGUCGGGGCGUGGCCGACCCCCGCUUUCCUCCGCUGGCUCCAGAGCACCUCUGACCUCAACGCGACAGUGGAGACCCCGGAGACGCUGCGGCAGGCCAUCGAGGCCGUGCCAAACUCUUUGCGGAAGCAGUACGACCUGGCGGAGGCGAGCGAGUCCUGCGCGGCGAGCCUCCGCGCGCUUCGGGAGGAGUACAUCGGAACCUUGCUCGAGGAAGCGGAAAUGUUCUGCGCCCCGAAGCACAAGGUGGCGCUGGAAGAAGACUUCAUAGGGCACGGCGUGCUCACUUUGUGCUACGCGCACAGAGCCUUUGCGGAAGAGAGCAAAGCCGAGAAGGUCGCGGAGCUGAUCCAGCAGCUGAAGGGCGACCACGUGCCGGUGGAAGCAGAGAACCAGCUCGAUGAGGCCCAAGAAAGCCUUCUGCGCGACUUAGUCGACGCAGAGACAGCGGCGAAGUUCCACCUUGCCGCCGUGAACUUUUUUGCCGCCCACCGCAACGGCCCCGAGCCGAAGGCGCCCGCAAUUUUUGGGCUUCUCUCGGCGGCGCCGUCGGACCUUUUGGAGUGGGCCGGGGUCAGCCCGGCGCGGAAGUAUCGCUCCAUCCGCGCCAAAACCUGGCCUCGAGAUGUGGGGCGGGCUGGAACGCUGGCGUACUUGGCGUUCGCGGCACACCUGAAAAUCUUGCAGGGCGUUGGCGAGGAUGCCCCCGUCACUCCGGAGCACGGCGACGAAGGCGAGGCCCAGGAGGACGCCAGCUGA